AUGUCCGACCAUCCAGACGAGUUCUUCCUAUAUCAUAAGAUGACAGAUCUCGCCAAAUCACCGAAAAGUUCCUCAAAUGAAGCGGCAGGAUGGGAUAUUUAUGCAGCAGAAACACAUGAAAUCCCCCCGCAUUCACGAGCUGUGCUCUACGCAGCGGACUGGCUGCAUGAGGAAUUGAUGUGGGUGCAGGAGUCGUCGAUCCAGAUUACACUGGGGAACUCAAGGUCGUACUAA